AUGGUGACUGUGUCGGAGUUUUUUCGCUCUCCUUCGCUGGAAUUUUUGGAGGAGUGUACAAAGGAUCAGCUGCUGGAGAUUGGUCGUUAUUAUGGCGUUGAGAUUGAUAGCAAACGUCUUAAGGAGAAUUUUAAGGCCAUCCUGAUUGCCAAUUUGACGGAGAAAGGUGUUUCUUUGGCUAAGCCUCCGUCGGAUUCUUUGCCGGGUGCAGCUUCGUUACCGCCGGGUUUGACGUUUGAGCAGCAAAAGGAAUUGCUGCGCUUACAGUUUGAGAUUGAACGCGUGAAGCUGGAGUCAAUAAGGGAAAGCAGGCACAGUGACGCUGCGGUGCGCUCGUUGUCGGGUUCCUCUGCUGCCGACACUUUUGAUGUUCUUGGUAACUUGCGCCUUUUGCCUCAGUUUCAGGAGAACGAUCCGGACUCUUUUUUCCUGAUUUUCGAGCGGUUGGCCGACGCACGUAAGUGGGACAGUUCGGCGCGCGCUCUGUUGUUGCAGUGCGUUCUGGUGGGCCGCGCUCAGGAGGCGUUUUCUGUGCUGUCCGUGUCGGAUAGCCAGGAUUAUGUUAAGGUGAAGGCGGCUGUUUUGCAGGCUUAUGAGCUGGUGCCUGAGGCAUACCGACAGCGGUUUCGGUCUUGCGGAAAGGCCGCUGGGCAGAGUUAUCUCGAGUUUGCUCGGGAUUUGAAGUUGCAUUUCACGCGCUGGUGCUCAGCUGCGAAAGUGGCUGAUUUUGAGCGGCUGUGUGAGUUGAUUCUCUUGGAACAGCUGAAGGAUUCGGUGCCGUGUGUGGUUGCCACGUACAUCUGUGAGCAAAAGGCCGAGACGGUGGCUGUGGCUGCGGCGCUGGCGGAUGACUAUGUUUUGACUCAUAAGUCCCAGUUUCUGUAUAGUGAUGGGCCUUCUCCGGGUAGUGGGCGUGGUGAGUGCCGAGCUGCGUCCGUGCGUCGUGGGGAUGUGUCGUCUGACGCGCGUGCCGGGGCGGACGUGUGCCACUACUGCCGUGAGAGGGGCCACUGGAAGGGGGAUUGUCCUGUGUUGUCAUCUAGGGGGAAAACCUCGGCACAGAAUGUUAAUCCGACCGCGUUUGCAGAUCCGGGUGGUUCUCCUGUUGCCGCUGCUGGAGUGUGCACUUCAUUUCCUUUGCAUGUCCCCGACGCGCUGGAUUCGUGGCGCGAAGACUCCUAUUCGGAUUCUGAGAGACACGGGUGCGUAUGA